GCAGUCAUCAUCAUUUGUCUACUCAAACUUUGGCAGGAAGGAGCAUGUAUCCUUUGUGCCAAUGCCUUUAUCUCUCUUUUUUCGCAGAUAAGCCUUUAUUCGGAGGAUGACAUGCUUGGAAUUGAGCCCCUCGAGCUACGUUUUCAUUUUGAGCUUAACAAGCAGAUAACAGCCCUGGUUAGGCUAACCAACGAGACAAAGCACGACUACUUAGCCUUUAACAUCCAAACGUCAAGCUUGCUGCUGUACACACAGCCAGACAAAGGCAUUGUGUCACCAGGAUCCAUGCGCAGUGUCAAGAUAACACUGCGAGCACAGGAGAAUGCACCGCAACGUCCGGAUGAGAUCAUCGUACAGAGCACAAAAGUGAAGGAAGGUCUCGCGGCCGAGGAUAUCACUGAACACAUGUUUCAAGAAGAGGCCGGAAUUGUUGAUGAGGUGAAUUUGGCAGUUGUAUAUGAGCCUGAUAAACCCAACAGAAAUCCCAAGAGUCGAGAAGACACCAAGAAAAGGAAACAGAUGGUCGAAUUUGCUUCCAGCGAGGAAAAACCUGGCGUCAGCGCAACUUGGCAAGCAAACGCAGUCCCCAUGGACAUUAAUAAUUCUAUGAGCUACAAAGAUGCGCGAGGACAACGUACUGAGCAAGAGCAGCAACCAGAGCGCCCUAGUUUACAUGCAGCACCAAACAUCAUUUCGCGCGAUCCAAGGACCAAGAUGGGCAACAGAGCUGUGGAUCUUGCAACCGGGGCCAUGGGCAGCCUGCUUCAUAAGCUUGACGAGCUCCAAAAGGAAGAGUACAAUCUAGAGAUAAGCGUGAAGGCAGACAUAGAGUCUUUCUCUGAAGAGCUGAUGGAGAUGCAGCUAGCCCUCUGCAAGGUGUCAGAGGUGCAGCGGGACAACCUCGAUGACCAGAUCAAGUGCCAAUGUCACAAAGACUGCAUGCGUAUUACUACUUUCUCAUGGUUCUGGUCAUCUUCUCUUGCAAACAAGCGCGAACUGUUCCCGACAGCAGCAGAAUCUGUUGUGGUCACGUCGUUCUGUUCAAGAGUUCAGAAGUUCAGAGUUGCUGCAAUGCCCAAUGCACAGUAA